UGAUAUUUUAGUAUCUUAUGAACCAUUAAUGGAACAUUUACUCCAGUGCACCAAGACGAUUGAAGAAACAAAUCAAGAGAACCUUGAUGAUUUACUGCGAAACGUACCAAGAUUAUCUACAGGUAAUGCUGAUUUUUAAAUAGACAAAUUUUUGUAAUGCAUACCUGAACUUACAAAGUUCUUUGCAACUUAUGUUAUUAAUUAUUGUUUACAGAUGAUACGCUUGGAGAAGGAGACACUGAGAGGCCAAUCGAAGAACUCGUUCCAGUAGAGAAUGAAUUGUCUAGUAUUGCUGUCAACAAUAAUUCAACGAUUAUUGAUGAUGAUGGCAUUUCAACUAUUAUUGUUGACAACAACAAUAAAACUAUUAUUGCUGACGACGACAAUUCAACUAGUAUUGCUCAUCAUGAAAAGACUUCAACUAGUAUUGUUAAUGAUAACAAUUUCAUCACCGCUGAAAAUCCAAAUCAAGAAAAAACUAUUGGGGAUAAUUCUGCAAUGCUAAUGUCCAGCAACCUAAUGGAAGUUAUUCAAAACAUUGUAAAAAAGGAAAUGGAUAGUAAGUUUAUAUAGAAAUUUUAAAUUAUUACUUUACAAUUGCAGACGCAGUCCAAUGCAUAAAAAGUCACACCGAUCAGCAAUUCAAGGAACUAGGAACUAUAGUCACAAAUAUAGGUAAAGAUUUAGAUCAAGGUAAAGUGCUGCUAACGGAAAGAAGGCCAUUAAUGGAGCAAGAAAAUAUCAUGUCGUAUCAUACAUUUAAGGAGACCUAUUCGCAGUAUAAAUUCCCUUUACAAUCCAUAGCUGAAUUUACAGAUUUCAACAACGACAUAAAAGAAAAUUCUGAUUUGAAACAGGAUUUAAAAAAAGUUCUCUAUUCCAACAUCAAUACUGAAAACAGUAUUAAAGUCAAUUUGACUACAAUCCUUAAGAACUUUGCAUCCGGUGCACUCAUUACACAGCAUACGGCUCAGAAAGAAGUGCAGAAAAAACCUGUUUUGAGCUCAACUAUGUUAUUCAAAUGCAUAGAAGGUGCAAUAUUGGAAUGUUAUAAAGAGGCGUUCAAGUUACAAAAUAAGGUUUUUAAUGCUGAUGCUAACUUGGUUCCAAAGGCAUUGGGUGCAGUAAUAAAUUGUGCUGCUGAUUGGGAUGGAAAAAGUCAAAAACGUACCAAGAGGAGCAGAAGAGACUCUCAUUCUGAUGAUUUAGAAGAAUAAUAAUGUAUUUAAAAUAAAUAAGAAAUUGGAAAAUUAAAUAAUUCGUUUCAAAAUAAAAAUUCAUUUUUAAAGUCACAUCCAGCAAUUUGGGUCGGAUUAAAUGACUUCAGGCUAUUGGAUCCGGCACUGCUAAGGGCCGGAAAUAUCUGCCAAAAAGCUUAAAAAAUUAUUAAAUUAAGGCCCGGAUACGGUCCUGAUCCGGGCAUUAGAAAAUCAGCUUGAUUCAGAUGCCUUAUAAGGACCUGUGUAAUUGCCGUAUUACACAUAUUAUAAGGUCCUUGUCA